AUGCCUUCACCUCGAGUAGCGGCAAUUUUCUUAUCGCCGCUCGCAAAGGCGCCCUCAUCUCAAACAUACACCCACACCCUCUCAACCCAACCCCUCCGACCACGGCCAAAUCAACCCCAAAACCACCACCAACAAACCAACCGCCUCUCAAAACCCCAGAUACACAACUUCACAACAAGUAACCCCCGCCAAGCCCGCGAACCGAACUUCUACGAAAUCCUCGACGUCCCAAUAACCUCAACACCAGCUGAGAUCAAAAAACAAUUCUACGCCCUCUCCCUCCGCCACCACCCAGACCGCAACAGAUCAGACCCAGACGCCAGCCAACGCUUCGCCCGAAUCUCAGCAGCCUACAGUGUCCUAAGCAACGCCCAAAAACGCGCAACCUACGACCGCGACCACGGUCUGCACGCACCGCCAUCCUACAACCCCUCUUCCUCCUCCUCACCGGGCCAUACACACGCCCACCCAAUGGGCAGCCAUAGCAGCUACGCCGGGUCCCGGCCUGCGAGCGGGCUAAGUAAGCGCCGCGGCGCUUUCCAUGGGCCGCCGCCUAGUUUCUAUGAUCAGGGUGGGUAUGGGGCUACGGGAAGGCAGGGGGAGGGGUAUUCGCCUGGGAAGGCUGGGUCUGGUGCUGGAGCUGGAGCUGGAGGGUUUGCAUCGAGUGCUGGAUUCGGUGAUGGUUCUGGGACUGGUGCAGGUAGGAAAGACGCUGAUCCGGAGGAUUGGGUUGGGUUUAUUAAUCGGAAUCCGUUACAUCAUUUCAAUGCGCGGGGACAUUUCCGGACGCAGGCUGCUGAGGAUCAGCGGCGGAGGGAGAGGAGGACCCGAGCUGGUCGCGCGGCUGCGCAGAAGCAUGCUGCUGAGUCUGGGGCGAGGGCUGGGUUUGGUGGUGGUGGGGAUGAUACGUUCGCCAGGUUUUUGAUUGUUUCAGGGGUUUUGGUUGUUGCUGGGGGUAUAUCUGGGUUGUUUAAGUGGCCCGCGGCGACGCCUACUGCUGCUGAUGUUGUUGAACGGGGGAAGGUUAGGAGGCGGAAGGAGGCGCUCCCUUGA